AUGGGGGGUCAGGAUCAUGGGGGGGGCAUCACCAUGGGGGGGUCCAGCUCUGAUCAGUGUGACCCCCAGGGGCCCCCGCUCUCCUCACGGGCCCCCACUCUCCUCAUGGGCCCCCACUCUCCUCACGGGCUUCCACUCUCCCUCACGGGCCCCCACUCUCUUCACGGGCCCCCACUCUCCUCACGGGCCCCCACUCUCCUCACGGGCCCCCACUCUCCCUCACGGGCUUCCACUCUCCCUCACGGGCCCCCACUCUCCUCACGGGCCCCCGCUCUCCUCACGGGCCCCCACUCUCCCUCACGGGCCCUGUCCACAAACAUCUAA